AUGGCAGUUGGGAGACGCGGCGCCGGCCUGCGGCUCUGCGCCACAGUUUUUUUACUUGAUAUGACUUUCUGUAAAGGAUUUGUAGAAGAUUUAGAUGAAUCGUUUAAAGACAAUCGGAAAGAUGACAUUUGGCUUGUAGAUUUUUAUGCACCAUGGUGUGGCCAUUGUAAAAAACUGGAACCGAUUUGGAAUGAAGUUGGUCUUGAGAUGAAAAGUAUUGGUUCUCCAGUUAAAGUUGGAAAGAUGGAUGCUACCUCCUAUUCCAGCAUUGCUUCAGAGUUUGGAGUUCGAGGUUAUCCAACAAUUAAGCUAUUAAAGGGGGACUUGGCAUAUAAUUACAGAGGACCACGAACUAAAGAUGAUAUUAUUGAGUUUGCUCACAGAGUGUCUGGGGCUCUAAUUCGGCCACUUCCAAGUCAGCAAAUGUUUGAACAUGUGCAAAAGAGACAUCGUGUAUUUUUUGUUUACAUAGGUGGAGAGUCACCUUUGAAGGAGAAAUACAUAGAUGCUGCUUCAGAAUUAAUUGUAUAUACAUACUUCUUUUCUGCCUCAGAAGAAGUGGUUCCUGAGUAUGUGACACUGAAGGAGAUGCCUGCUGUGCUUGUUUUCAAAGAUGAAACUUACUUUGUUUAUGAUGAGUAUGAGGAUGGUGACCUGUCAUCUUGGAUCAACAGGGAGAGGUUUCAGAACUACCUUACUAUGGAUGGCUUCCUCUUGUAUGAACUUGGAGACACCGGAAAGCUUGUGGCUAUUGCAGUUAUUGAUGAGAAAAAUACAUCAAUUGAACAUACCAGAUUAAAGUCAAUUAUUCAGGAAGUUGCUAGAGAUUACAGAGACCAGUUCCACAGGGAUUUUCAGUUUGGCCAUAUGGAUGGAAAUGACUAUAUAAAUACCUUGCUGAUGGAUGAACUGAAAGUCCCAACUGUGGUUGUACUGAAUACUUCAAACCAACAAUACUUUUUACUAGAUAGACAGAUUCAGAAUGCCGAGGACAUGGUGCAGUUCAUUAACAACAUCUUGGAUGGCACAGUAGAGGCCCAAGGAGGUGAUAGCAUUUUGCAGAGAUUGAAAAGAAUAGCAUUUGAUGCCAAAUCUACUAUUGUGUCUAUCUUCAAGAGCUCUCCACUUAUGGGCUGCUUUCUCUUUGGCCUUCCACUGGGGGUCAUCAGUAUCAUGUGCUAUGGCAUCUACACAGCUGACACAGAUGGAGGUUACAUAGAAGAACGAUACGAAGUAUCCAAAAGUGAAAUUGAAAGCCAAGAACCAACAGAAGAAAGCAAAGAACAGGAGCCAAGGAGUGGAGAUGUCCUAGUGCCUACAGUGCAAGGACCCAAAGAUGUCUUAGAAAAGAAGAAAGAUUGAGAUUUUGCUGGUUCAGAAUAUUUGAUAGGAUUUCAAAUUAUUAAAGAGUCUUAUUUAUUAAAUUUAGACAUUUAAUCAUGAUCUUUAAAAAAGAAUAUGUUAUUUGUAUUUUGCUAAUAUCAACUUGCAUGGAUUAAAGUAGUCCUUCAUAAAUGGGGAAAUGUUUGGAGCAAAGAGAUGAAAUGUUUGUCCUAAAAAAAAUCAAGACACUUCAUCAGAGUUCACCUUAUAGAUGUUAUAGCAGAUCAGUUCUUUUGCAUGUUUCCCUGAGUAUUCUGUGACACAAUCAAGAUUCUUGGGCAGAAUAUUUAAAUUGGUCAAUCAGGUAGAAGAUACAUGCUUGAUAAAGAAAAACAAAACCUUCACCUCCUACCAUUCAUUCAUGCUCAUAUAUUUUAGGUAAGAUUUACAUGGGCAAAAUUAAGUCUUUAAAAUUUAGGCACUUUAAGGAGAACUAACAACUUUUUCCAUGGAUGAAAUUAUGAUUAUGACUUAAAAACAAUUUGGUUUUAUAUAGCAUAGCAAUUUUAUUUUUAGUUAUUAUUUUUAAAGGAGAGAAAAUGUUCCUUUUUAACUUUAUACUCAGUUACAUUAUUGAAAAUUUCAUAUGGGUUUAUAGAGUGGGAAAAAAAUAGUCUUAUGUUUAAUCUUUGCAAAAUAAAUGGAUUUGAUUGGAACACUGAUAUCAAACCAUGCCCUGGGACAUGCUUAGCAGGUGUCUCAGUGGUCACUGUAGGAAGGGGAGGGUCUCUGUU